CCCACUGCUAGCUUCCUUUUUCGAUCAAGCACACCCCGUUUGCCCUUUGCCCUGGCGCUGCCGAUAUCAGGAGGCUGAUACCGGGGCCUUAUCAGCCGAUACCGGUGACGCAGCCGCUCGGGAGGGGCCUGCGGAACUGCCCGACACUGGAUGGGCCCGUGGGACUGAUUGCGGGGGGCGGGGGGGUUCGGAGCUGCUGGAUUUGAUGUGUGUCCCCCCCCCACCCCCCUUUCAGGUUCUCUGCCCCGGGCUCUCAGCCAUCCGCGCCGGAGGGAAGGGCUGCUGCGGAGGCGGAUGCUGCGGGAACCGGUGCCGGAUGCUGCGCUCCGUGUUCUGCUCGCUAUGGGGCGUCCUGGGGGGGUUUUACUGCCUGGUCGUGUCCGCCACCGGCCUGGCCAAGGGGCCCCUCUGCCAGGAUGCUGAGGGGACAUGGGGGUCGCCCUUCCAGGACAUCAGCGAGAACUACCUGGCGAACAGGACGCUGUGGGAGCUGUGCGUGACCCCGCCACGGGCGGUGCUGUGGCACGUGGUCCUGUUCUCCGUCACCCUGGGGCUGGGGGCCCUGGAGCUGGCCCUGUGCGCCCUGCAGGUGUUCAACGGGCUGCUGGGCACCGUGUGCGGGGACUGCCGCAAGCCGGCCGAGCGCCAG